AUAAUCAAGAGACAAAACACAUAUUAGGGCCUAGGAGUUGGGUUUGCCGAAGUGGGCCGGGUUGACCCGUUUUGAUAUCGACUUCAUCGGAGCUAACUUGGCUUCUACUUUCCAUGAAAAUGGAAUUGGAGAGUAUACUGUAUAUCUGUAUCUAUACUUGUUGCAUAGAAGAAUUGUAAAGAGAGAAAAGCUUAUUUUUAGUUGAAUAAAAAUGGAGGGUAGUGUUAAAAAUGGUGUUAUGGUUGUGAAGAAGCAGAAGAUGAAGCUAGAGAACCCAUUUAAUUUCAAGGUGGCUCAAGUUUUUACAGGCUUUGGCAUUGGCUGUGGUGUUGGGAUUGGCAAGGGCUAUCCUUUGAAUCUUGGUGCAAUACCGAUGUUAGGCCAAGUAAUGUCUGCUGCUAGAGGGGCGACUGAUGCUUUUUCUGGUGUUAGUGGAUCGGCUAAUCACUAUCUCAGAAAAUAUGGAGUAAAAGAUAUUAAAGUGGGACUUGGGUGCGGAAUAGGUUUCGGCCAUGGUUUUGGAGUUGGUAUUGCUGUGAAGCCUGCCGUGUUUCAACAAGUCCAAUCUCUCUUUUUUCAAGCAGUGACAACUAUGAUGGAAAAGGUCGCCCCCAAUUUGUCCACUACUGAAGGUAUCCUUCCAGCAUCACUGCAAAGUGGCAUGGGCAUGACCAUCCCAAAUGAUCCAGCAAAUCAAAAUCCAUUUGAAAGUUUCGGUCAAUUGGAGAAAAACAUCCCUGAUACUAUAUCUGGAUUGUCGAAUCCAAAUUCACAAAAAGCUUCCGUGUCGAAAAGCUCUCCACUAAACACGCCAUAUGGCAGCCGAACAGAGAAGGUUCUUGACAGUUUUCUGAAGAAUCCAGCUUUCAAAGGCGAAGACAGAGAUUCUAAUAAGCUGUUAAAUGACACUGCCGAAAACUUGAGGGCGGAGAACAAUAUGCUUCAACUGGUUUUAAAGCACCAACAAGUUAUUGACGAGCUGAUGGCAGAAAACAAGAAACUCCGAGAAAUUUUGGUAGAAGACCUCAAAAUUGCACCCAGCAAGCUACACGGUAGCUACUCAAGUAGAAACUCUUCGCCUUGUACUGAUUGUUUUGAAUGUCGUAGGAAACAAAGAAGAAGAUAGCUGGAUCUUGAAAGUUAAUAGUAAUUUAUUGAGGUCAA